AUGUCUCUAAUAAAUCUUCAAGAACGUCAAGAAUUAAUUCAAACAUAUGAGAAUCAGUUAAAAGACUAUUAUAAAAAAUUUGAAGAACUAUUAAGUGACCUUUCAUGGGAUAUAGAAUCUUUAAAAAUUCAUGAACAGGAAUCCAAAUCAACAAUAACGUGUCCUUUUAAUUCCGCUCAUAAAGUCCCUACAAAAUCUUAUGAGAAACAUUAUAGAAGAUGUGAAUUAAAAUAUCAUGGAAUUACUGAAUGUGGAAAGCGAAAAAAGUUACCAAGUUCAACCUUUUUUUACGAGAAUGCACCUGCAGUAAUAACUUUGACUAAAGAUGGAUCUAUGAAUCUUGGUGUAGGUCAAAGUUUAACCGUUAGUCAAAGACUUGAAUUAUAUGAAAGGGAAAUCGCGAUUUCUAAUCAAAUUCGAGAAGAAAAUCAAAGACAAAAGCGCGACGAAUAUCAAAAUUUCGAUGAAGUUUGGAAAGCUGUUCAGAAAAAAAAGGGAGAAAAUCAAGGACAAAAGUCGCGUACUGAGCUCCUUGCCGAACAACGUGAUUAUAAACGUCGAAGAAAAUCUUACAGAGCAAAAAAUAUCAAAAUUACACAACAUCUUAUAGCGGCAUACAUGGAAGACUUCAAAUUAUUGAGAGAAUUUGAAAAAGAGAUGGAGUCACAGACUCAAUUCCCUUAA